AUAAACAAAUUAAGCAAAAAAAAAAAGCCUUAACAAACAAGUGUAGAAAGUUCAACUGCUCGAUUGUUUCAAUAAAAUAAGCUGACCCCAUCACUUGACCUGAGAAAUUCACACGUAAAUGGUCAGAAACUCCUUCCAAUUUAACUUGCAAUGUGGGUGAAAGAUACCUUGAUCUCUCUAUCUCUAGCUCGCUCUAUAUAUUACGCGUUCAUAAUUCUUACAUCAUUGUAUACCUUUUAUGCAUAACAGAAAUAUUAAAAAAGCCAAGUACGUAUCCAUGGGAGAAACUUUGCAUAACGACGUCAUCUAUGUGGCGGUGAAUCAAGAUGUUCGAGAAAGUAAAUCAACUUUGUUAUGGACAUUGAAGACUCUUCCCGUGAAGAAACUCUGCCUUCUUCAUGUUCAUAUUCCCUUCUCGUUGAACUCUUCUUCAUGUGGGCUUGAUGAAAGUGAGAUCAAUGCAAUCCAAGAAUCAGAGCUGAAAUCCUCAUAUGAUAGCCUCCACAAGUACCGUGAUCUCUGCACAAACAAAGGGGUCGAUGAAGAGGAUGUGGAUAUAUCAUUGAUAUCAGGAUAUGGUGUGGGUGAAGGGAUUGUGGAACUAAUCUAUCAAAACAAUAUUAAGAAGCUCGUUAUGGGAGCAGCAGCUGAUCCUCACUAUUCCAGGGGAAUGUCUAUCACAUCUAGAAAAACAGAGUAUGUGAGUCAACAUGCACCUCAUUGCUGUAAAAUGUGGUUCAUCUGCAAAGGGAAACUCAUCCAGAAAAAAGAAGGAAGUUUCGGCAUUGGGAAUUCAUCAGAUUCGUUCUCAGAAUUCGAUGGUUUUGCUCAGAAACCAAGCGAAGGAAGAGGAAGGGAUGAUGGCGAAACCGAUUCAAAACACGGAGGGAUUAAAAAAACUGACGAAGAACCAGAGAGAGAAGAUGAGGAGACAAAAAGAAAGGACAGCGAAGCAGACGCGAGUCCAUGUGCUCCCGAAAAUUUCAUAUGUCCCAUUUCAAUGGAGAUAAUGAGAGAUCCUCAUGUCGCUGCUGAUGGUUUCACUUACGAGGAAAAGGAAAUAAGAACGUGGCUAAACGGAGGGAAUGAUAAGUCGCCAAUCACAGGAGCUAGGCUCGGUCAUCGCCAUCUCACCCCUAACUACACUCUUCGUUCACUCAUCAAGGACUGGCUCCAUCAGCACCCAAACUACAAACAUUGAUUAUCAUCUAAUUUGUUGUGAGUUUUGGAAUUUUCUGUAAGAAAAGAAAAAUAUGUAUGAUAAAAAAGGUCAUUUAUGCGACCAUCAGUUUUGUCAAUAAAAAGUUUCGCUACUCUC